AUGUUGGCCAUUACGAGCUUCCCUCGCCGCUUCCCCACCGCCAGCAAACGGCCGUUACGUCUGACUCGCUCCGCCCCGUCGUCUUCCGCCCUUACUAGACGCCCCUCCUUCCACCUCCUCUCUCCUUUGCAAGUGCAUUGCACGACCCAAGGCUCACCGUCCUUCUCCUCGCUCACUGAUCGUCUAUCAAGACACUGUCCCCAACCGCCACCAUCCAGUCAAUCGUCCGCCUUUGCCUCGUCUGCCGCGAGUGUCCGUGACGACAUUCACGACAGCGACGACCUCUUUCUCUAUGGCGAGCGGCCCGACGAGUGGUUCACGACUGCGCGCAAUCCGCGCACAGACCCGACGUUUCCCGGCGUGGACCGUGUAUCCGGCCGUCUCAGUGCCGUCAGAACGCCAGACCUCCGCUCUUGCUCGCACCGCGAUCUGCUCGACUACUUGGACAACACGUGGGUCAUGACGGACGCGCUGUUCGCAACGCUGCAGGGCGAGCGCGCGUUCCUGACGCCGCCGCCGCAUCAGCUGCGCCACCCGCUCAUCUUUUACUACGGCCAUCCCACGAGUUUCUUCGUCAACAAAUUGGUCCUGGCAGGCCUCCUGCCCGAGCCCAUCAAUCCCUACUUUGAGCACAUUUUCGAGGUCGGCGUGGACGAAAUGCGCUGGGACGACAUGAGCAAGAACGAGAUGCAGUGGCCACACGCCGCUGAAGUACUGGCAUAUCGUCGUCAAGUCUACGAGCGUGUCCGGAACGUCAUCGAGACGCAUCCAGACCUCGAGCCCGGUCACGAGCCUAUUACCGAGGACCAGCCACUCUGGGCGCUCAUGAUGGCGCUCGAACAUGAGCGGAUCCACCAAGAGACGACGUCGAUGCUCAUGUUGGAACACCCGGUCGAGUUUUUUCAAAGCACAGCUUUACUGCCCGACUACCACGAGUCGGUAUCAUCCCCUCGAACCAAAGACAUGACGGCUGCAGCUCGGCAUCCGGUGGCUGGCGUGGACUACCCCGAGAACGAGUUCCUGGAUGUAGCCGCGUCAAAUGUGCUUCUUGGCAAACCGCGGGACUUUCCGUCGUUCGGUUGGGACAAUGAGUACGGCUACCGCGAGGUGAAGGUGCCUGCGUGUCGCGCGACCAAGUUCCUCGUGUCAAACGGCGAGUUCUACGACUUUGUGCAGGACGGAGGCUACACAAAGCCGUCGUACUGGAGCAAAGAGGGCUGGGCGUGGCGCAGCUUUCGGGACACGAAAGCCCCGGCGUUUUGGGUGCAAGACGGACCUGCAGAUAGGCACGGCUACCGGCUCCGUGUAAUGUUCGACGUGGUGUCCAUGCCGUGGAGCUGGCCCGCCCAGGUCAAUCUGCACGAGGCACAGGCCUUUUGCCAAUGGAAGCAAAGCCAGCAAACAGACGAGCGAGUGGUCUACCACCUCACGACUGAAGCAAUCCAUCAGCAGCUGCGAAAUGCCCAGGAUCGCUCCGCUGACACAACGUCGGACGACAUUUUGAUGCUGCCGGAGCACGCCAACAUGGCUACAGCAAUGGGCAAGAACCUGAACUGGUCGUACUUGUCGUUCUCGCCCGUGGACGCCUUGCCGCCAACGUCGCAGGGUUUCCACGACGUCUUCGGUAACGCCUGGGAGUGGUGUGAGGACGCGUUUGCAGCCCUGCUUGGCUUCCGCGUCCAUCCGUAUUACAAAGACUUUAGCGAGCCAUGCUUUGACGGCCAGCACCACGUUAUCAUGGGCGGUUCUUUUGCAAGUGCCGGCGACAACGGAGCCUCCAAGUUCGCGCGCUACCACUUCCGGCCCCACUUUUUCCAGCACGCGGGUUUCCGUCUUGUGGAGCGAAAGGUGGACGGCGACGAGGUUCUGACGCUGCUGUCCACCAGUGGCAAGAACGCUUCGCUUGGAGAAAUGGACACGAGUUCGUGUCGCAGAUGA